AUGGCUGCCGAAGAUACAACCAAGCAAACUCCCGAGGAGUUCUUCCAGAGCAUCGGUGACAAGGUUAACAAACUUGCGCCUGCUGCUGUUGAUGCCCAAAAUGCCGACGACGACGAGCGCGCUGUCGAAGAGAUUGAGUCUCUGUGCAUGAACUGCGGCAAGAAUGGCGUCACCAGACUUCUUCUCACCGCGAUCCCCUACUUCCGCGAAGUCGUUAUCAUGUCCUUCUCCUGCGAGCACUGCCACACCCAGAACAACGAGAUCCAGGCUGCCGGAACCGUCCAGCCCAAGGGAACACACUACGAGCUGCGCUUGACAAACCUCGCCGACUUUUCGCGACAGGUCGUCAAGUCAGAUACCGCCACCGUCAAGUUCAUCGAGCUGGAUCUCGAGAUUCCUGCUGGCCGCGGCCAGCUUACAAAUGUCGAGGGUCUCCUGACCACUGUCAUUGAGGAUCUUGAGAUGGGACAAGAGGCGCGAAAGGAGCAGGCUCCUGAGGUGUAUGUUAAGGUUGCUGAGAUUAUCGCCAAGGGUCGCGCCAUGUUGAUGGGCGAUGCCUUUCCCUUCCGUGUCUGGGUCGAUGACCCUGCCGGAAACUCCUUCAUUGCCCCUGAUCUCAAGGAUGGUGUUGGAAAGUGGGAGAAGCAUGAGUAUGCCCGAACUGCUGAACAGAAUGCCGCCCUUGGUCUCUCCGACUCCGACGCCAACGCUGAGCAAGCACAAAACCCUGGCUUGACUGCUGAUGGCGAAAUCAUCCCCAACGAGGUUUACAGCUUUCCCGCAACAUGCCCUGGCUGCAUGCACCCUUGCACCACACAUAUGAAGAUGGUCGACAUUCCACACUUCAAGCAAGUUGUUCUCAUGUCCACUGUGUGUGACGACUGCGGCUACCGCUCCAACGAUGUCAAGACUGGUGGUGAGAUUCCUGAGAAGGGCGAGAAGAUCACCCUCGAAGUCAAUGACAGCGCCGACCUGGCACGCGAUAUUCUCAAGAGUGAGACUUGUAGUCUUGAGUGCCCCGAACUUAAGCUCCAGGUCAACCCCGGUACCCUGGGUGGUCGCUUCACUACUGUUGAAGGUCUCCUGACCCAGGUCCGUGGUGACCUUCACUCUCAGAUCUUCGAGGCCGAUGGUUCGGGCCAGGGUGGUGACUCCCUUGCCAGUGAGGAGAAGUCUCAGUGGACCGCCUUCUUUGAUGGCCUUGAUGCCGGCAUCCGAGGCGAGAAGCCCUUCACAAUUAUUCUUACCGACCCCUUCGCGAGCAGUUACGUUCAGCCUCUCGUAGACCCCCCUGCUCCUGACCCUAAGAUUCACCGUGAGAACUAUACCCGCACAGAUGAGGAAGAGGAGGAGCUUGGUCUCAAGGACAUGAAGUUGGAGAACUACGGAGAGCAGGAGGAGGAUAAGAAGGGGGGCGAGGGAAAGGAGACUGAGACUGCCGCUGAGAGGUAG